AUGCUUGCCCUCGUGUACUCCACCACUUCGAACAAUACCGGGGAAGCAUUUCACGUCGCGUGGUGCAACAACUCUAAGUUAAAUGCUUGCCCUCGUGUACUUUCUCCACCACUUCCGGCCCUACUUGCUCGGCAGGCGCUUCCUUGUUCGGACAGACCAUCACUCACUACAAUGGUUACAGAGUUUCCGCGACCCCGACGGUCAAGUAGGACGUUGGCAAUAUUGGAAUCAAGAGUAUGGUUACUCUUGCAUCUAUCGCCCGGGCGCCAGACGCCACCACCAGUGGAAGCCUUGUACAAGCAGUUUAAAAGAGUUGUCUGCAACUCGAUGUUCUUAGAGCCACGCAAAGCCAUAAGACCGACUGAUAGAGCCGUGACAACGAUCCUUGCCAACUGUUUGGAGAAGACCUUCAAGCUCGUCCACCGGGUGGUUGUUGAUGUCAUUGGACCCCUACCAGAGACCAGAAAAGGUAACCGUUUCAUUGUUGUCAUGGUCGACUACUUAAAUGAAUGGUGUGAAGCUGUGCUUGUGAAGCAACAAGAUACCCGGCCCAUCUUUGAGAGCCACUUGCUGCGGGAAAUAUGUGCAUUACUGGGGAUCCAUAAAACGAGGACAACACCGUACCACUCAGAGGGGAAAGGUCUGGUGGAACGCACCAACAAGAUCAUAAAGAAGAUACUAACUACCCUUGUGGAUCGCUAUGAAGAGGAAAGGUGGGACGAACACAUCCCCCUGUGCAUGCUGCCUUAUCGUGUGGCUGUACACGUAUCGACAGGUUAUGCGCCGACGCCCGUGGCCCCGGCAAACCUCGUUGGCAGCAACGAGUACGUCCGAUCGCUCCGCGAACGUCCGUUCGCCGCACUGCUAAUCGCUCGCGAAAACAUCGGACGUGCUCAGCAGCACCAAAAGGCUGUAUACGACCGCAGAUUAAACGGACCUGUGUAUGAAGUGGGUGACCAUGUGUUCUUACAUCGCCCGAAAUCACCGCCGGGUGCACUGCCAAAAUUCCACCAGCCGUCGCAGGGCCCUUAUGUUAUUAUUAUGAAAAGACCAUCCGUAACCCAUCUCAGCCGCAUACUGAUGCGCAAUGCGUACAUUACAACCAUUCAAAAAAACAUUCCGCCAACCUCGUAA